AAUGACAGAUGAUGACAGGACUGAGAUCCAUCAGAGCAUAGAGUGAGAACAGAAAUAGUGAAUAACAUAACCUAAAAAAAUCUAUUGACCUUCAAUUUAUUCCAGUGAAUUGUGUGUAAUUUUAUUAAAUAAAUAAGUACCAAUAUUGGAAACAAUUGGCUUUAUAAUUAUUUUGCUGUUUAGUUUCCCAUUUGGAUUUAAUUAUAGUUUUGAUUGUAGUGAUUUUUAUAAACUGAAGAAAAGCUGCCGUAAUGUUUAGUUCGAAGGUAGCCCGGGUGACUCGGUAUCUAAGUCUGCAAUCUUACAACGUUCACACAACACCAGUGAAGUUUGAUACUCAGAAAACAGAAAAAACUAUAAAUCAAGUAACACUCUUAGGGAGAGUUGGUGCAGACCCUCAAAAGAGAGGGUCAGAGGAGCAUCCCGUAGUCAACUUCCCUCUUGCAACCCACUUCAGUUACAAGUAUGAGUCCGGAGACAUACUUCAGAGAACCGAUUGGCAUAGAGUAAGCAUCUUCAAACCUGGCCUCCGAGACACAGUAUACAAAUAUUUGAAAAAAGGUCAAAGAGUUUAUGUAACCGGUAAGUUAUCGUAUGGUGAAGUGAAACUAGACGAUGGUCAAGUUAGAACAGCAUCAACAGUUGUAGCUGACGACAUUAUAUUCUUCCAAGGACAGGCUGUUGAACAAUGAGUUGUUUUUACAAAUACAUUCGUUAAUUAUCGAAUAGUUUUAAGUAUAAUGAGUAUGUAGAUUGUUAUUAAAUUGUGGUUAUUUUUGGA